AUGUUAGUCAGACGCGUGAUUGUAAAACACACAAUUAAACCCAAAUGCCACAAUUUGGUCCCUGCUUUUCAUGUUGCUUCUGGUGUAAUCUCUUAUGGUAAUUGCCAUGGUCCUCCCAAACUAUUUCAAAGAUUGGAUUCCCAAUUAUACAUUAGAACCUUGUCUACAUCAAGUAAUGACAAUUUUGAAAUUGAUUUUGUAACAAUGAAGAAGAAGCCUAAAAAACUUUCUGAGUCUGAUAAGCAACAAUAUGUGUCAAUUCAUAAACUGGAACUACCAAAAGUUGAUUUCGAUAACAUACAUUUCAAACAUCGUGCUCUUGAUGAGUGGUUAUUUCAAUUGUUUAAAGAGAAUCAAUUUUCUGCUUCCGAAGACAGGUUAUCCAAUAAUAGAUUGAAAGAAAAUCUUGGUAUCAUUCACGAAAUCUAUUCCGAGUUAAGAGAAUUUGAGAUAUUUGUUCAAUUUAAAUGUAACAAGAAGCAUUUCAAGUUUUCUGAAUUGAGUACCUCCGAUAUUUUAAAGUAUUUGGAGGAGUUUAAAGAAGUUCACAAUGGCAGUUCCCAAUCUUACCACAAAAUGUAUGAUGAAUUAUCUAGAUUAUUGAAAUCUGACUCAGAAUUCUCUCAAACUUUAUCCUAUGAGUUGAUUCCUGCUAUUCAAUUAUUUGAAAAACUAUUCACUUAUUAUUACAGUGGAUUAUUUGUGUUUGAACAGGAGUUACGGACCUUGGACAAACAAUAUGAUUUCAAAAAAUUUAGAUCCACCAAGGAUUUAACUCAUCAAAUUGAGAAAACAUUGACUAACUUUGAUUAUUCCUUGUUGCACGAUGUUGAUGCCAAUCAUACUUUUUUUAAAAUGUUUAUCCAAUGCAGUCGUUAUUCAGAAUUGAACAAGAUUUUGAAAACUAUUUCCAAUAUCAAUUUGAGAGAUAUCAAAAACAUACUUAAGGAUCCUCAAUACAAUGAUUAUUUUGAAGCAGCCGUUCAAAACUGCAUUAAAAUGGAAGAUAAAGACUUUGAAAUGGUAGAUCAAUGGAAUGAAGGCGGCGGAUUGUAUUAUUUUUUGACACUGAUGAAAAUGAUCCCUGCUACUCAUGACUACUAUAAGUUAGCACCUUUAUUGUUUGCAUUAAGUAAAGAUAAAGGGAUCUUUGCUAGUGCUGCUGGUGAGCUUUUGCGAAUUCUCACAAACGAAGAAGUCAGGGGUCCUAUCAAUGUGGCAUCCAUGGUGGACGACAAACAAAAGUUUCCUAUCUACGCAAUAACUAAGAAUAAUUUUACAAAUUAUGUUUUUAGUUUCUUGAAGCUGAUUGAUUUUCCCUGGGAAUCAGCAAGAGACACCGAAAACUGGGAUACUGAAAACUUGGGAAUUGAAAAUAACGUGUUUGGCAAAGGGACUAUGUACGAUUACUUGACAACAAACCAAUACUUUAUCCGGAGAAUAUUUUCAGAUCCUAACAUUACCAUAAAAUACAUGGAGUUGAGAGCAAAACCUUCAUUCUUUUGUUUACCUAAGGAUCACGAAAUUUUGAAAGAUGUUGCCGAGUUGAAGAAAUUAAGAGAGUCGUUGCAAACUUCAUUUGCAUCAUUCAAAACUAUCGACAGAUUACUUGAAAGUAUUAGUAAAUUAGGAACUCUGGGAACUGAUAAGAAUCUCAUUUUGUCUCAUUUAUUAGAUGCAUCUCGUUAUUUUGGUAACAAUACGUUCGUUUUAGAUGAUGUUAUUGAUGAAGAAGUUAAAAAUGGCCAACCUGUUGCAAAACACGAUAGUUAUUCUCAAAUGCCCGAUUGGCUUCAUCUUGAAAGUCAUGUCCCAGAAAUCAACUUUUUAAAACUGAAAGUUGGCAAUUUUAGCGACAAGAAUGCAGUAAUGACUGUGAUUGAAAACUUAACAAAUGAAAUCAUUGCUGAAGAAAAUGCUCAUCCAGAAAUCAAUGCCAACAGUUUUUUGAAGUUAAGAUCUAAGCUAAUUGAGUUUAGUAUAAAUAAUGUUAAUGAUUGUUUGGAGGUGUUGGACACAGUUGUUGUUAAUCAAGAUGCCUUUGAGAAAUUUGAACAAAAAUUAGGUGAUAAAAAGAUACCCGCUGUUUAUAUUCAGAUUCCUGAUGAUUUUCCUUUACACGAAUUUGUCGAAGAAUUAUCUGAGCUAAGAGAAGUUUUGGGUAAACCUUUUAGUGAAACUAAUGUUGACGAAAUAUUGAAUCAAGUACAGAAGUUUUUAGAAAAACAAGAUUUGAUUGCAAUAGAUAAGACUGUAAUUUGGAGAAAAUUGUACCGGAAUUUGGCAAUGUUAUUCAAACAUAACAACAAUAACACUUUUGUUUUGGAUAAUGUCAUAUCUAGUGCACAAGAGUUUAAAAAGUUUGAAACUAAUCACGUGAAAAAUGAUCAAAACCAAACUGCUAUUGGAAGUCAAGGACAGUUGUUGGUUGGAACUGCUUAUGAAGUAUUAGGUGAGUUUUUAAGAGAUAGUGGGAUAUUGUAUAAACCAGAUGUUCACAACAUUAGUGCCAGUGAAUUUGAUAAAUUAAUUGACCAAUAUGCCGAUAAAUUGGAUAAAUCGAGUUCUACAUAUCUAUUCCGCAAGAAUAUAUUGGACCAGUUGAAGCAAUGGAACUCACAAAUUGAAUUUUACCCACCCUUUUUGGUUUGUAUUUAUGGUACAAACUAUACUGAUGAAUUACCAUUUGCAUCAACUCAAUUGGAAAUGUUUUAUGAUGAUUUAGUGAAAAGCUUAAAAGAUGUUGCUGAGGAGCAAAAGGCUGCAGAGGCUGAAAAUAUAGUAGCUCCAGUCGAUACAAAACUUGCCAUUGAUCAAUUCAAAAAAGAUGUGAAAGACAAAGUUAAAUAUAAUGAUUCUGGGAAACUUUUUGCUGAUUUAGAUAAAAAGAACAGUGCAGCAGAUUUUGAAGCUAUCAAAUUGGCAGUACAUUCUGCAUUUGAAGAACCUCAUGAACAUGUUGUUAUAACAACCAAUGAAGAAGUUGCCAAACACAAAAAAGAACUUAAUCGUGUAAGUGGAGAACUGCCUUUGAAAACUGAACCACAUACUGUUGAUACGUCUAAAUUGGAGAAAUAUUUACAAGAAGCUAAAAAAUUAGAAGAAAGCAAAAAGAGAGAAAAAGAAGCUUUUGAAUGGAGUAAACAAACUAAAGCACCUUCGAGAGCCUACAGUUUUGUGAGAUCAAUAUUGGCCACAUCAGGAUUAGUGUUGUUGAGUUUAAUUGGAAUUGAUUUUUACAUGAAAGAAACAGAUAAGUCUAGUAGUAAAACUAUUACUGAUUAUCAAAAUGAGGAGAACAACAAAUUGUCGAGAACUUCAACAACAACUGGUCCAUUUACUGUGAGUACAAUAUCAGGUGGUACACCUGAUGUACCUGUGAUUUUUGGUAAAGAAAAGAUUAAACUGGUUUUUAAUUGGGAUUCCACUGAAAACGUAUCAGUCAAUGAUGAUGAUAAUAAACAAAUGUCCUGGUGGCAAAAAUUAUUCUGGAAGAAGUAA